AUGACGGACCGUCAUCGCUAUCCGUCCUCGGGACGAGCGGCCACCUUCGCCAACCAUGCGAGAACUUCUCUGCCAUCAAGCAUUGGCUACACUUCUUUGUAUGCUGGUGACAUGCACGUCAUGCCGACCUCGACCCGACAGCAGCCCAUUUCGACAACACCACGAGGAUAUGUUACAACUACUUCUACAACACCAACCCCGAACACCACCACCCGGACGUACGCCGUUACUCAGGACCCUCGUUCACACAGACCGACUACACGGGAUGUCACACGCUCCCAGCGGUCCUCCACACUAGAUUCUACCAGUCGACCCCCAGUAAUUGUCAUGACCACCCAGAAGGACCGCGCCAACGGUACGAGUUCUCAUUCUUCUAAUGCUCGCCCCGGAAGUCCCUUGAGGGAUGACUACCGUUCGAGCGAUGGGCAGUUUUAUACACAACCUGCCUCAUCUAUACGUUCACGCAGCACAGCCCGCUCCUAUGCCGAUCAGCCAGGAAACGACGCUUAUGCUCGCAGCAGCAGAGACCGUAGCAACAGCUUGGUACGCGACGACCCCUACCGCAACAGUCGCCAUUCUGCUAUAUACCAGAACAAUCCCCGCCAGAGCUCUAGCAACAUCGACUAUGGGGACGAUGGUUAUCAGUACACUAAUGCCGGUGAACUGGUUCGCUACGAUCUCGAUCAUUCAGGCCCUGCGAGGACUCGCAGACGUGAGAGUUUCGACCGUGGCUACUACCGCCCGAAUGUCAACUACAAUGCUGAUCAGCGAACGUUCAACGUGGAUACCAGCCCAGACUUGAGUCGCAACUACAUAACUACAAGCACAACUAGCGUCCCAAACAAUCGGCAAUACGAUAACCGGGGUGGUCCUCCACCAAGUACACGAGGGUUUGACAAGAUUCGAGGGUACGAAAGCCCACGGGAUUUUGCUCCAAUGCCCUCCAAGACCCCCGAACCGACAGUGGUAAAACAGGAAACUCCCCUUGUUGCGACUACGGAAAUCACAAGACGACCUCGGCCAGUGUCGUUGUAUCAAGAGGGGCCACCCCGUUCUUCGCAUCACGAUGAUUACUAUCGGAGCCGGGAAGACGAAAGAAAAAUGCGAGAAUUUCGUGAUCAGCCAGAAUCUGAGCAUACUUAUGAGCCUGAGCGCGCAUACGAGGCACCAUACUUCCAAGAUGACAGGGUUACUUCCCGUGGCUUCGGCAUCCGAACUGACACUGCUGACGAGCACGAUGAUCGCCGUGAACGUCGCCCGGAACAACCGAAAAAGCGAUCAGAUGAAGACUUGCCACGUGAUGCUGAUUAUGAGCGCGAUGAUCGACGCCGAGGCCGGCUUGAUUCCAAAGACACUCGCCGUGAGAGACGUGAGAGUAAGAAAGGGAGCGAUGAUGACGAGAAGGAGCGUACUCGGUUCCGUGACAAGGUGGCUACUGGCCUGGGUAUUGCUGCGACUGCUGUAGGCCUUGUGCCUGCCGUCAAAGACGACGACAAACGCGACAAAGAUCCCGGCAAACGUAAAGGCUCUGAUGACGAACGCGAACGUGAACGUGAAAGAGACCGAGAUCGUGACAGGCGGCGAGAUUCCAUGAAAAGUGAACGCCCAAGAAUCUUGGAGCGAGAUGUAUCGCGACAGCGUGAUCAAUCAAGGCAGCGUGACCAGGAUCGUGAUUCCAGAGAGACCAGUCGUCGAAACGGGGAGUCCCGUAAGAGCACUGAAGCCGUCAUCUCGUCAUCUGAUUCGGACGAAGCCAAAAAGUCCACUCGGAGACGUCGCGAUUCAAAUGCCUUCAAUCCGAAUGAUACUUCUGAACUGCGGCAUCUCAAGGACCAACUGGCAGCCUUGAAGACCACUGACAAAGAAAAGGAGAAGGAAAUCCCGGUCGUGGUCGAAAAUAAGUCACAGUCCUCUUCACCUGCUCGAGAAACAAGAACAGCAACAGAAGCUCGUCCAUUCAAAGACUCCCGGUCACCACCCGAUUCCAAGCCAUCUGGUCACCCUGAAGAAGAACCCCGUGGCCGCGAAUCCCAGCAGACCCUUCCGGACGACAAACAAGUCCGUGUAGUAUCGCCGCCUCGCGAUAAAAAGGAUGAGAAGCCUCUCAAGGGUAUUUUGAAGCAGCCAAAGGUUAGCUUCCCAGAGGAGCCGAAUCCCAUUCGUGAAGGGGUUGCACCUCACAAGGAAGACAAGAAAGCCAGAGAAGCACCUGCAGGGGCAAAAUGGACCAAGAUCAGCCGCAAGGUUGUUAACCCUGAGGCUUUGACCAUUGGCAAAGAGAGGUUCGAGGUCAGAGAUGACUUUGUCAUAGUACUACGAGUACUUAGCAAAGAGGAAAUUCAGGCAUAUGCCUCAGCCACACAAGUCUUGAGAGAGAGACGUCGCCGCGACGACGAUGGUGGUGAUACGGAUCGGGAUCGUGACCGCGACGAGGAUGACAGGAGAAGACAUCAUCGUCAUCGCCGCCAUCGAGACGAUGACUCUUCAGACUACGAAGACAAGGACCGUGACCGCGAUCGUGAACGACGCAGGCGUCACCGAGAUGAGGAAGAAUAUGACACCCGGUCAAGGGAUUUGGACCAUCAUCAUCACCACCAUCACCGAUCUCAGCGAGAACGUGAGCCCGUGCUUGAGGCUUAG